GUCGAUAUGUUACUGGAAGCCACUCCUCUUUUAUUUCUCGGUGUACUUUCGUCUCACGUGCAGGCGCAGAGCACGUGCGAAGAGGUGACGAACAAGUGCACGGCCACACACCUGUGCGGCUUGGUCAUGCACAGUUACAGAAUCAGUUGCGAGCGAGAGAGAUACGGACUGACCGACAACUGCUCGGAAGUGUGUCGAAUAUCCAUCGUCGAUCUGUCCACCACCCUCCUGGGAUUCGAAUUUUUACACUGCGACUGCGCCGACGACUCUUACUGUCGAACCGUGCGAAAUCGAAUACGGUCCUGCUGGAACGGGCGCGACGACAAUUCUAGCGGACAACGACAGCUCGCGCCCGUCGACUGUGGGGUGGCUCGGAGCACGUGUCUGAGUGACGCGGUGUGUGCCGAAGCUUUUCGGUAUUACACCAGUCUUUGUUCCGAGAUGUUGCUCGGUAAUACGUGUAACAGACGCUGCAACAACAGCAUUUAUAUGUUGAACAAACAGAAAUUGGCCGGACAAUUAGACACGUGUUUGUGUUCGGACGGGGAGUGUCGACGGGACAGGUCCAAUAUGUUACGACUGUGCUUUGGUGUAGAAGACGUUGCCGAUUCUUCUGAUUGUGGCUGGAAGAGUACACCCGUGUUGUUGGUGUUUAAAGUAAUUCUCGUGAGGAUAUUUUAUUCUAUCGUUCUAUAUAAUUGAGAUUAUCCUAACUAACAAAACAUUAAGCUGUUUCUUAAGAAAUAACAUAAGUAGUAAA